AUGUUUAAAGUGGAAAUUGAUGUAAAUUCAACCGUUAAGCAACUUAAAGAAAAGGUUGAAGAGGAUAAAGGGAAAGAUUACCCAGCAGCUGCACAGAAAUUGAUUUAUUCAGGAAAGAUACUUGAAGAUGAAAAAAAAAUACUUGACUAUGAUAUUGAAGAAAGCAAAUUUGUGGUUUUGAUGGUAACCAAGAAUAAACCUCAAUCUGCCAAGGUGUCUGAGAGCUCUGCCAGUCAGGAAGAGACAGCAAGUGCUGCUGCAUCUGAAAAACCCCGACCUGCAACUAGCCAGGGAGCUUCAUCUACUCCAGCUUCAGGAACAUCAUCAAAAACUCAAGAGGCAACUGAUGCUGAUAAAACUGAUGCAGAAUCUGAAGCAAAGGCAUCAGAAAAAUCGGCCAGCACUGAUGAAACUACCCUUGCUGAAAAUACUGCUACAGCCUUAGCUGCAGCCAUUGAGGAGCCAUUGUCUGUUCUGCAGUCAGCAGAGAGUGCAUUAGUGACUGGACAGGACUAUGAAAAUAUGGUUCUGGAAAUAAUGAAAUUAGGAUUUGAUCGUGAACAUGUUGAACGUGCUUUAAGGGUUAAUUUUAAUAAUCCAGAUAGAGCAGUAGAGUUUUUAUAUAAUGGUGGUGGUACACAAGAAUUUGAAGCUGGGAUAAUGGAGGAUUCGCCAUUGACUGGAAGUGGAAAUGAAGCUAAUGUUACUAGUUCUAGUACUCCCCUACAGUCUGCUACAACACAGUCUGCUGAGAAUCCACUUGAAUUUCUCCGAAACCAGCCACAGUUUCAACAAAUGCGUCGUGUCAUUCAAAGAAAUCCUCAUGUAUUACCUGCCCUGCUGCAACAGAUAGGUUCAACAAACCCUCCACUUCUGCAGUUAAUCAGCCAGAAUCAGGAGACGUUUGUGCAAAUGAUUAAUGAGCCAGUAGAUGAAGGUGGUCAAUCAGGCACGGUUCAAGCUGGCCAAGCAGCAGGCCAGGUAGCAGCUGGCUUGGGUAGCACAGUUGGUGGUGGUGGUGGCGGUGGCGGCGGUGGUGGAGGUGGUGGUGGUGGCAACACUGGAGGUCAGGGUGUACAGAUAGGACCUGGAACAUUUAUUCAAGUAACCCCUCAGGAAAAAGAAGCUAUUGAAAGUUUGAAAGCAUUGGGCUUCCCUGAAGGAAUGUGCAUUCAAGCUUACUUUGCUUGUGAAAAGAAUGAAGAACUGGCUGCUAAUUUUUUAUUGUCUCAAAAUUUUGAUGAAGAUGACCAACUAAGUUGA